AUGAAUAAGUUGUUAGACUUUGGGAGGAAAGCCCUCUUUUAUGUCAGGGUGCUCUCUGGAUAUGAAGAGCGAAGAAUACGAUCUUUUAGGCUGCAGCUUGAACAACGUCUACAACAGGUACAAGAAAGGAAAGCAGCCAUAAAUAAAGUACCUGAGAAGGUUAUUAUAUCUGAGGUUCGUCAAAUGGUUGAGGAGAUGCAAGCUUUGAAUAAGAAGCUGGAAGAAACAGAGGCAGCCAUUGAAGACUAUUUCAAGCCUCUAGACAAGGAAGCUGAGAUUAUAAUGAAAAUGCAACUGCAAGGGGAAGAGAGAACAUCGGAGAUGAUGAUGAAAGUACUGGAGAAACAAACUUCUCUUCAACAAGUUGAAGCAGAAAAAAAUGCAAGUAUGCAUCAAGUUGGCAAGUCUGAAACCAACCUGAAUGAUUCUAAACUUAUGGAAGAAGAGAAAGCUUUGAAGGAGAUGUUGAAAGACUUGCAACGAGAAGUUCUGCUUGAGAAAACUGAUGCAGAAAGUUCUGAUAUUGUGCAUAAAGCAGCAGACAAGUCUCAGAUCAAUUUGACCCCUGCAUCUACAACCACCUCUAAAUGA